GCUUCUCAUCUCACAUUCUCACUGUUCGACCUCUCUCGCUUCCAUCUGAUUCAUCUCCGUCUCCAUCUCCAUGGCUUCUCUCAGAACUCCCUCCCUCUGCAACAAUCUUCCCUCCAUCCGCCCCUCCAACAAGCUCUUCGGCCUCCAUCUGAUCGCCCCUGCGCGCUCACACAGGGGAAGCCCCUUGUCCAGCAACAAGCAACAGCUAAGGUCCAUCCGCUGUACAAACCAAAUAUCAGCUGUUCCUUUGAACCACUCCUACCCCAGCAUCAGACCAGCUUCCAAGGUUCAGGAAAUGCACGUGUACGAAAUCAACGAGCUCGACCGCAACAGCCCUGCUUACCUUCGCCUGAGCCAGAAAGAGGUCAAUUCGCUCGGCGACCUAGUCCCUUUCACCAACAAGGUGUACUCAGGGGACUUGCAGAAGCGGCUGGGAAUCACAGCGGGACUCUGCGUGCUCAUCCAGCACGUGCCGGAGAAGAAUGGUGACCGGUACGAGGCCAUCUACAGCUUCUACUUCGGAGAGUAUGGCCAGUUGUCGGUGCAGGGCCCGUACCUGACGUACGAGGAAACUUACUUGGCUGUCACUGGUGGCUCCGGCAUCUUCGCCGGCGCCUACGGACAGGUCAAGCUAAAGCAGCUGAUCUUCCCUUUCAAAAUCUUCUACACCUUCUACCUGCAAGGCAUCCCUGACCUCCCUGAGGAGCUCCUCUGCACGCCCGUGCCACCGUCGCCUGAGGUCGAGCCGACGCUCGAAGCCAAGGCAGGCCAACCCCAUGCGGCGCUCCACAACUAUACCGAUUAGCCGAUUGCUGCUGUCGCAUCCGCAAAUAAAUUGACUAAAGAAACGAUGUCUUCCCUUGAUCCGUCGGAGUUUAAAUGAAUAAAAUUUUUGUAAUA